AUGAAGCUAAGUAGCUUUCCGCCAUCAUCAGGCAUUGCUGUUCAGCCGAAUGUUCGGUGCUUAGCUGGUUUGUAUGGAUCUCUCAAAGAUUCUAGUAUGGAAGACCUCAAUCGCUUACUGGAGGAAGAUCAAGAUGAACAAGAGAUUUUACGAUAUGCGAUAAAUCAUGAAGAAUCCGAUGAAGUUCGAUUUCUGGUUGGUUCACAGUCUUUGAAACCACAAGGUAGUCAGAUAACUUUAGUAACACUUGUGGAGUCGUUAGAUAUUGACUUGAAAAAACAAAUUUUCUCACAUCCAGAUGGGGAAAUUAUUUCACUGGUUACACUGGCGUCUAAACCUGACUGGUUUAUAUCACUGUUUGCGUCGUAUUCUAGUGAACGACCAGAGUUGCGUACAGGUGCUCGAAUAUGGAGAAUUCCCAGUUCCAAUGAAAGUUCAUUAGAUGAUGAAGAAAAUGAGUCAAAUUCACCUAAAUCACUAUUAGAUCAUAAUUCAUCAACACUGAACAGUAGUACAUUAGAGUAUGUGACUACAUUACCAUUAGAUAAAUUUUGUGGUAUUAAAAGGAUUACUUCUCAUCCAUCUACGACAUGUUUAGAUUUGGCGUGUAUUGUUGGACCACCUACAGAAUUACCUGGUUCAAAUGCAUAUCCAUCUCUUAUAACAACAUCAACAACUAGCUAUUUAGUUAUCCUUCAAGCACCUUCAGAUUCAAAUUCUGGUGAUUAUGAGAUUAGUACAAGUAGUCAGUUAUAUUUACCGCCUUCAUCUACAACUGAUGGAUUACGUUCAAAUAUGAAAUUAUCGUCUAGUUGUUUAUCAGCUACUGUAUCACCUAAUGCUAUACGAUGGUCUCCACAUGAACAGUUGAAUCAAAUUGCAAUGGCCUUUGAUAAUGGUAUACUUGGUUGGGAUGUAAGAAGUAUGAAACCUUGUUUUUGGAUGGAAAACGCCCAUUGGCCAUGUGUUCGUGAUUUGGACUACAAUCCUCAUCGUCCAAAUCUCUUACUAUCUGGUGGAGAUGAUGGAAUUCUACGAAUUUGGGAUCUACGAUAUCUACGCACAAGAUAUAGAUGUUUAUCUACUCCUGCUAAUACUGGUAAUAUGAUAAAUACAACUAUCCCGAAUGCAUCUGAACGAAUUAUGCAAUUCGGUACAGAACCGACUGUUCAGCCGUUGUAUGCACUUUCAUCUCAUUCUCAUUGGAUUUGGUCAGUACGUUAUCAUCCAACACGAGAUCAACUUGUUCUAUCAUCAGGAAGUGAUGGUCGUGUUUGUUUAUACAAUUUACCAAGUUAUUCAUCCGAUGCUAUGAAUGAAGAUAUCAUCAAUGAAGUAAAUCCACAAUCAAUUGUUGAUCAUUGUGAAACAACAGCAGCAACAACGACAACAAAUGUUCAAAAUGAAGUUGAUAAUCAUUCAAUUUGUUCUAAUGAAGAGGAGAAUGAUGUAAAUAAAGAUGGCUUAAUCGCUCGACUAGAACAACAUGAAGAAAGUGUCUACGCAGCUGAAUGGAGUCCUGUAGAUGCCUGGUAUUUCGCAUCGAUUAGUUAUGAUGGCAAUUUCUUAUUAAAUCGUGUACCAGAAACAAUUAAAUUGAAUAUUUUACUACAAUCGAAAGAUUAUUAG